CUCUCCAAUUAGCCUUAAGACACGAUCCUCAUUGUUGAAGUUUGACCCUCCUAUCGAGCAAGAUCGGUUGCACAAAUAUACCUGCCGGUCAAAUGUAGUGCUGUGAUUUCACUCACAGCUUUAAUAGUCUACCAAUCGCCUUGGAUUUGAAAACUAACAAAGGCGAAAUUAGAGUGUACUUUCUGCAUCAAGACAAGAACAAUAUCACAUUACUCAGCUGGAUACAUGGUAUUGAAGCAAUGGUUCAUGGGAAGAAGUUGGCCAAGGAGACGCUGCUGCCUUCUGUGCUGGAAGACGAUGACGCAGAGACAGAAAAUGAGAAGCUGCAGCUGGGGGAGCAAAGAGCGAACUUGACAGAGGUUGACAUGCGUGGGCUAAAGGACCAACGCCGCAGCCCUGACGGGAACGUGCUAGACGGAGGUGAAAAAGAGGUUGAAGAGGAGGAAGAGACCGAAGAGGAGGAGCUGGGAAGAGAGGAGUGUGUGAUCUCUGAUGAAGACUAUGACACAGAUUUGGAGCUCGGAGAUAAGGAGGAGGCAUAUGACCCCACAGGGCAGACGAGCUACGUGGAGGCGUGUGAAAUGUUACAGGUGGUGCCUGCCUCUUACUUCCUGCAGCACAUGCAAAACAGCGAGUUGUCCAUGAUGCAUCGAGGUCUGGGGCCUCAGGGCACCAAAGCACUGGCGGUUCCCCUGGUAACCAACACUUCAAUACUGAGGCUGAAUCUGCGAGAUAAUUGGAUGGAAGGAAUGGGCGGAGCUGCUAUCGCUGAGAUGUUAAAGGAAAAUUGUUACAUUACAGAGGUGGACCUAUCAGACAACAGGCUUGGGGAUUAUGGCGCCAAAGCCAUAGCCGGGAUGCUUAAGGAGAACAGCACCCUGGUUAGCCUCAACCUAUCAGGAAAUCAUUUCACAGACCAGGCUGCUGAGCACCUCAGUCCAGCCCUCAUCACCAACACCAAGCUACGGUGUCUCGACCUCAGCUACAACGCUCUGGGAGAGCGUGCAGGGCAAAUCCUCGGGGAGUCUGUGUCAGAAAACACAGGGUUGCGAUCAUUAAGUCUGGCCUGGAACUGCAUUCGAGGUAGAGGAGCUGCGAUGUUGGCCAACGGUCUCGGGGGAAACAUUUUCCUUAGAAGCGUGGAUCUUUCAUAUAACGGCUUUGGGAAAGAUGGAGCCAUUGCUUUAGGACAGGCUCUUAAAGAGAACAAUACUUUGGAGGAGUUGAAUGUGAGUAACAAUCGAAUACCCCCUGAUGGAGCCAUCCGCCUCGCCAUGGGCCUCAAAGUAAACAAGACAAUCAAAUCCCUGAAUAUGGGUAGGAACCCUAUCCAGAACGUUGGGUGCUACGGGAUCCUCAAGUCUGUACAGGAAAACCCAGAUUCAGCCAUGGAAGCAUUAAACUUUUCUGACAUCACAGUGAACCAGGAUUUUGAAGACUUGUAUUCGACGGUGAAAGAAAUAUUCCCCGCACUUACAGUAAAUCACGGGGGCAGAAUUGGCACAUUCAGAAAAGCAAAAGCCUGAAAAGUGUUACUGUAAUUGCUGUACUUUUAUGCCAGAGAAGAUGGAAGAAGUCUUGUCAAAGCCCUGUGGACGUUUUCAUCGACGGAUUUUUUUUUUUAAAAGAUGUCAUCAAAAAAUGAGAGCAUAUGCCCUGGAAUGACAUGUAUUUAGAAGAAAUGCAACUUGUUAAAUACCCAAUCAAUUGAAAAUAAAGAUAAUUCAGAGGGAGACUGUUCAUCUCCAAAGGAAACAGUACACAGCAUGUGUGCGGCGCUUGAAAUAUAGUGUUGCUGGAGUCAUUAAAUACAGGCAUACAAUACAGGUAUUGAGUAUGAUUCUUUUAGGUAUGAUCUGAUUUGAUGUUAUAUAAUGUCAGUGGGUAGAAUGAUGGAGAGGAUCAGAGAGCAUUGCAUUGUGUAUGAAAAGAAGUGAAAGUGGGUUGCACAAAAAGCAUUUAAGUACUGCAUGACUAGUCUAAUAGAAAAACCAGCUUCUAAAGAAUGGCCCACUAUUAGAUAAGAGACGUGUUUACAGUAGCAGGUUUAAAUAAGUUUCAGACCUGUACAGUACACACCAAAAUAUCACCUCCACCCCAUUUUACUUUAUUUUACUUAUUGCAACACCAAGAUAUCCCUGCAAUACAGAUGUAUAACUUUGUUGUGGUAUUUGUAUAGCAUCUUACAUUUUAUGACUUGGUUACUAAGUCAAGUCAGACUAAUUUUAUUUACAGUAUAUUGCCCAGAAUCACAAACCACUAAUUUGCCUUGAAGGGCUUUAUAAUCUAUAUAGGAUACACUCCAUC